AUGGCCAAGGUGUUCAAUGAGAAUGAAGCAUUCGAACUGCACAAGGCUGCAGUGAUGCGCGACUUUGUUGCAAAGCCGAGACUCGAUUAUCGUACAGUAACUGGUGUCAACGGUCCUCUUGUUAUUCUCGAUAAUGUCAAGUAUCCCCAAUUCUCAGAAAUCGUCGAUUUGACUUUGCCUGAUGGCAGCGUUCGUGCUGGUCAAGUUUUGGAAGUUCAAGGCAAUAAGGCUGUUGUUCAGGUCUUUGAAGGUACUUCUGGUGUCGAUGCCAAGGCUACCCACAUUUCCUUCACCGGCAACACUCUCCAAAUCCCCGUCUCUGAAGACAUGUUGGGUCGUGUUUUCAACGGUUCCGGCAAGCCUAUCGAUAAGGGUCCCAAGGUCUUUGCUGAUGACUACUUGGAUGUCAACGGUUCUCCCAUCAAUCCUUUCUCUCGUGUCUAUCCCGAAGAAAUGAUCCAGACCGGUAUCUCUGCCAUUGAUACCAUGAACUCCAUUGCUCGUGGUCAAAAGAUUCCCAUCUUUUCUUCUGCUGGUCUUCCACACAACGAGAUUGCUGCCCAGAUUUGUCGACAAGCUGGUCUCGUGCAAAAGUUGGCUCCCACCAAGGAUGUGCAUGAUGGUCACGAGGAUAACUUUUCCAUUGUCUUCGGUGCCAUGGGUGUCAACAUGGAAACUGCUCGCUUCUUUAAGCAAGAUUUCGAAGAAAAUGGCUCCAUGGAACGUGUCACUCUUUUCUUGAACUUGGCUAAUGACCCUACGAUUGAACGUAUCAUUACUCCUCGUCUUGCAUUGACUACUGCCGAAUACUACGCUUACCAACUUGAGAAGCACGUCUUGGUCAUUUUGACUGAUAUGAGUUCUUACGCUGAUGCUUUGCGUGAAGUCUCAGCUGCUCGUGAAGAAGUCCCUGGUCGUCGUGGUUAUCCCGGUUACAUGUAUACCGAUUUGUCGACUAUUUACGAACGUGCUGGUCGUGUUGAAGGCCGUAAUGGUUCUAUUACCCAGAUCCCUAUUUUGACCAUGCCUAACGAUGAUAUCACCCAUCCUAUUCCCGAUUUGACUGGUUACAUUACCGAGGGCCAAAUCUUUGUCGAUCGUCAAUUGCACAACCGUCAAAUUUAUCCACCCAUCAACGUCCUUCCUUCUUUGUCCCGUUUGAUGAAGUCUGCCAUUGGUGAAGGUAUGACUCGCAAGGAUCACGGUGAUGUUUCCAACCAAUUGUACGCCAAGUACGCUAUCGGUCGUGACGCAGCUGCCAUGAAGGCUGUCGUUGGUGAGGAAGCUUUGAACCAAGAAGACAAAUUGUCGCUCGAAUUCUUGGACAAGUUUGAGAGAUCUUUCAUUGCUCAAGGUCCCUAUGAAUCAAGAACCAUUUACGAUUCCUUGGACUUGGCUUGGUCGUUGUUGCGUAUCUUCCCUAAGGAAUUGCUCAACCGUAUCCCACAAAAGGUGCUUGCCGAGUAUUACCAACGCGAUCGCAAGGGCAAGCGAUCCAAGGGUGUUUUCGAUACCACCGAGGAUAAUGAGUAA